AUGGGUUCCGGAAGGGUUGGACUUACGCAAAUAGGAAGAUUAUUUUCUGCUAAAGAAAAACGAAAUAUCAUGAUUUAUAUUAUUGGAAUAAUGCUUUAUAAAUUUGGAUUAGAAGCAUUCAAUGGAUCUAUUGUUACACUUGCUACAAAUCGUUAUGAUUAUGAUGCAUCUCAUCGUGGAAUACCUUCAAAUGCAUUUGAGCGAGUUGGAUUAAUAUCUGGUCUUAAUCAAGCAUUUCAAUGUAUUGGGUCAAUACUUGUUGUUCCUCUUACUAAACAUUGGCCAACACGUACUGUUUUAUCAAUUUCAAUAUUUCUUUUUGCCUUAUUUUCUGCUAUUCUUCUAAUUGUUGAUGCAGCAACUGGUGGACAUAUCAAGCCAUCGAAUUUUGUACCAACAAAUAAUGACACUUAUAGUUAUUAUGGUAAAUAUAAUACAAAUGGCAUCAUACCAAUUUAUUGUGUAACCGGUAUUGCUUAUGGAAUGGUUGAAUUAAUUCGACGAGUUAUUCCGAGAGAUAUUGUUGGAGACAAUGGUGAAAAAUUACAAAAAAUGGAUGCAUUAGUUCAUAUUUUUUAUGAAAUAGCUGGUGUCAGUGGAGCAUUUGCUACAGGUCUUGGUUUGAUUCCUCGCCUAGGCAAUAAUUAUGCAUUUAUUAUUACACCAAUCUUUUUUACAGCAGCUGGAAUUAUUUGGCUUUUUAUUAGUUCAUUUGGAUUGACGAUAAAUGAUUCCAAGGAUGAAGUCAUGUCAACGAAUGAAUCAAAUUAUUUUAAAUCAGUUCUUCAAGGAUUUGUUCUUUUUGGACAAUCGAUUUUUAUUGGUGCAAAAAUUAUAUUUACUCAUCGAAAAUUUGUUUGGUUAUGGAGUUGUUAUACAUUGACACUUUAUGCACAUCGUUAUAUUGAAAAUGGUAUUGCUCCACAAAUAGCUAAACGAUAUUUUGGUCAUUCAGAAUGGUCACAAAUUAUUGUUGGUGGUUCAAAUUUAGGUGAAUUACUUGGUGCGUUAUUUAUAUUUAUUAUUGGAAAUUAUAUUAAAACACCUCUUCCAUGGUCUCGAUUAGAUGCAUUAGUAUUACUUAUUGUUUGGUAUAUUCCAUAUUAUUAUCCACCUAUGAAUAAUGUUACACAUGCUUGGAUUAUUGCUGCAACAUAUCUUCCAAUUGGUUUUGCAUCUGCUGCUGAUGAUAUUGCACUUAAUUCAUUUAUUCAAUCAUCUUUAAGUGGUUUAGAAUUACAACAUAAGAAUAUAUCAGCAUUAGGUGCAGUUGCAGCAUUUUUAUAUUCAUCAUAUAUUACUAUUUAUGCAAUUUUAAAUCCAUUUCUUGGAAGAUACCUUGAUAGUGUCUAUACGUUGAAUGGAACAAUAAGACCAGCAUUUAUGAAUACGGUUGCUGUUCAAAUGACUGUCAUUUCAGUGAUAGUAUUUGCUUCUACUUUUAUUCCAAAAGGUGCCAUUGCAUUCAAUCCAAGAUUUAUUGUUGAUGACAAGUCGACGAGUACAACUGAUAGUCCGAAAAAUCUGCAUAAUAAUAGUAAAAUUACUAAGGAAAAAGAUAAAAGUUCAGAUUUAGUUAAUUAUUUUUGA